UCCAAUAAACGUAUCAAUAAAAUAACCUAAAUUCCCUAACGUCCUCAGCGCCGCACAGAGUACCUCAACAAUAGUCACAUCCAACAAACCCUAUCAUCACUCAUCACUUUUCUCUUCUACCACGGACUCACAGUCUCGCCCGACGUCUACUGUUCACAGCGCCUAAAGUUUUGCGCGAUUUAAUACCCUUGGAGCUCCGUUGUUAGUGCAUCGGGAGUUUUUGACACGGUCGGGCAUCGCCGCCUUCGUCUGACCAGUUUGCUGUGUUGUCUCCCUCUUCUUCAGUUAGUGCAUUUGUGACUUUGAAAGAGAGAAGAGAGAGCAAUGGCUGCUGCCACCGCCAUCUCAGGAGUUGGCCUGACCUUAGGGAUUUCCACCUCCGCGGUUAGGAGUCGGACUUCGUUGGUUACAAUGGCUGUGUCUUUGGACGAGAAGACCAACAAGUCUCUCACACUAACCAAGUCCCAAGAAGCUAUCACUGCUGCCAAGGAAUUGAUGCCCGGAGGAGUGAACUCCCCCGUUCGUGCCUUUAAGUCCGUGGGAGGGCAACCAAUAGUGAUUGAUUCAGUGAAAGGAUCUCGCAUGACGGACAUCGAUGGCAAUGAGUACAUUGACUACGUAGGUUCCUGGGGCCCUGCUAUCAUUGGUCAUGCCGACGAUCAGGUGCUUGCAGCUCUAUCUGAAACAAUGAAGAAGGGAACCAGCUUCGGUGCACCUUGUCUUCUAGAGAAUUCCUUGGCUAAGAUGGUUAUUUCUGCAGUACCCAGCAUUGAAAUGGUUCGGUUUGUUAAUUCAGGCACCGAAGCUUGCAUGGGUGUGCUCCGUCUGGCUCGAGCUUAUACCGGAAAGGAGAAGAUCAUCAAAUUUGAAGGAUGUUAUCAUGGGCAUGCAGAUCCUUUUCUUGUUAAGGCAGGUAGUGGAGUUGCGACUCUAGGACUUCCUGACUCCCCUGGUGUCCCUAAAGCUGCUACUUAUGAAACGCUUACAGCCCCCUUCAAUGACUUCUCAGCUGUUGAGAAACUCUUUGAGGAUAACAAGGGAGAGAUGGCAGCAGUCAUACUUGAGCCUGUUGUUGGAAACUCUGGUUUCAUUCCCCCUAAAUCUGAUUUUCUUAGUUUCCUGCGCAAAAUCACCAAGGAGAACAAUUCCCUUCUAAUCUUUGAUGAGGUUAUGACUGGAUUCCGUUUGGCAUAUGGUGGCGCUCAAGAAUAUUUCGGCAUAACUCCGGAUUUAACAACACUAGGAAAGAUCAUAGGUGGGGGUCUGCCUGUAGGAGCUUAUGGAGGGAGGAGAGAUAUUAUGGAGAUGGUGGCACCUGCUGGACCUAUGUACCAAGCCGGGACCUUGAGUGGGAACCCUUUGGCUAUGACGGCAGGUAUAGAGACUCUGAAGCGCAUUAAGGAGGCAGGAACUUAUGAAUAUUUGGAUAAAAUUACAGGUGAGCUUGUUCGCGGCAUCGUUGAAGCUGGGAAGAAGGCAGGGCAUGGUAUAUGUGGUGGGCAUAUAAGUGGGAUGUUCGGGUUUUUCUUCACAGAAGGACCUGUUUACAAUUUUGCAGAUGCCAAGAAGAGUGAUACGGCCAAGUUUGCAAAGUUCUAUUGGGGAAUGUUAGCAGAAGGUGUCUAUUUGGCUCCUUCACAGUUUGAGGCUGGGUUCACCAGCUUGGCUCAUAGCCACGAUGACAUAGAAAAGACAAUAGCAGCGGCAGAGAAGGUUUUCAGGGAGAUCUGAAUGUUAACUUAGAGUUUUAGAUGAUUUUUAUCUUAUUGCUUUUAUUUAACCUGUAUCAUUUUGGAUCUUGUAUCCACUCAGUGUAUUAUUGUUACUAAUAGCUGUAAAGCCGAGUGAAUUUAAAGUUUGUAACUACUUGAGUUCAUGGUCUUUUCGCCUUCAUAUAA